AUGGCUCACCUCAUGGACGUUUUCUUACACGUUGCUGUUGUCCUUCUCAUAGCGCCCUCUUGUGGAGGUCAGAAAACAGAUAAAUCUCCCCAUCAGUCGGUCACAGUAAUGUUGGGUAAAGAUGUGGUUCUGCCCUGUCAGCUGGAUCCUCCUGUAGAUGCUGUCUCCAUGAUUUUUGAGUGGGGGAGGCCGGAUCUGAAACCCAGAUUUGUCCUUGUUUGGCACGAUGGCAAGGAACUUCCAGAAGACCAAAACAAGGCCUACAAAGGCAGAGCAUCUUUGUCUGUGGACAAACUGAAGCGUGGAGACCUCCAACUGACCCUAACUGAAGUCAAGAUCUCUGAUAACGGGACCUACAGAUGCUACAUUCCAAAGAUGAAGAAAGAAAUGUUUGUCGAUCUAAUCAUUGGUGCUGCCUCUCCACCUAGCGUUAGCUUAGCAGGCAUGGAUAAGGCCAACCAUGGAGUGAUGUUGGACUGUGAGUCUAAAGGCUGGUACCCACAGCCUGAGCUGAUGUGGCUGGAUGCUGAGGGACAUCUCCUUUCUGCUGGAGCUCCAGGAUCAGUCAAAGGUCCUGAUGAUCUCUAUACUAUCAGCAGCAGAGUGACUGUGAAGAAGACAGCCAGCAACAACUUCACCUGUAAACUCCAACAGAGGAACAUCAACCAGACCAGAGAGAGAAGCUUCCAUGUUCCAGAUGAUUUCUUCCUGGUUCCCCGUAGUUGUUCCUCUUCUAUAGCCAUCAGUGUGGUGUUUGUCCUCAUAAUUAUUUCCAUUUUUGCCUUCAUGGCCUGGAAACUAAGAAACAACAAAAAAGAGAAGAAGAAAAGAAAUGAAGACAGAGAAGCACUCAGAGAGUCGCUCAUGAUGGAGAGCAAGAAAGUGGAGGAAUUAGAAAAGUUAAAACUUUCAGAGGAUUCACAGAGGAAAGAGAUAGAAGAGUUGAAAGAAACACUGAUGGGACUGACAAGAGAGCUGGAGAAACAAAGAGAUUAUCUCACCUAUAAGUGGAAGGAGGCUGAGAGUCUGGUUAAGGAACAUGAGAGAAAGGUUAAAUCAGUGGAGGAAGAAGUUUCUGAGAAGAAGGGAGAUUCAAAAGAAAAGAAAGCACAGGGGUAUUUAAAAAUCAGAGAGAUCUGUAAGGAGGCCGGCUGGAACCAUGAGAACUUCAGAAAGAAAGAAAUUCAACAUAUGCAGAUGAUCACAGACAAACUGAUGAAGAUGACGAUGGAUGCUGUGAAGAAAAUCAAAGAGAUGAACAACAAAGAGAAGGACAACGAGAAGCCAUCUAUGAAACACACAUCAGAGAAGAUGGACCAGAAAACAAAGAUGGACUCAACAUGA